AAUGUGAUGGUGAGAUGAAAUUGGUUGAGUGCAAUGAUAGGUCAGAUGGUUGUAAGUGGGAAUGUAGAAAACAGUUGAAUAGUAAAAGACAUAAGGUUGAGUUGUCAAUUCGGAAAGGUAGUUGGUUUGAGAGAAGUAAUUUAACGUUGGAAGAAAUUUUAAAGUUGACGUACUGGUGGUGUAGAGGCGUUGAACAGGAAAUGAUGAGGUUUGAAGUUGAUGUUAGUGGAAAUACGGUCGUUGAUUGGGAUAGCUUUUGUAGGGAAAUCUGUGAGGUAUAUUAUUUAGAGUGUGAGGAAAAAAUUGGUGGUCCAAAUAAGAGGGUGCAAAUAGACGAAAGUAAAUUUGGAAAACGCAAAUAUCACAGAGGUCAUAGGGUAGAAGGGCAAUGGGUGUUUGGCGGUAUAGAGGAGGAAAGUCGGAAAAGUUUUAUGUUCGCGGUUGAUGACAGAAGCGAAGCGACGCUACUGCCAAUCAUCGAAACCUUCAUAGAAAAGGGCACAACCAUAAUAUCUGAUUGUUGGAAAGCCUAUACUAAUCUCGAGAAACAUGGUUACAAGCAUUCGCUUGUAAAUCACUCAAAGGAAUUUGUGAACAAGGAUGGUGACCACACCAACAAAAUCGAAGGACAUUGGCGUCAGGCGAAGGCAAAAUUACCAGCAUUUGGCACGCAAGUAUAUGUUUUCGUCAUAUUUAGCUGAGUUUUUGUGGAGAUAUGAACACAAAGGUGAAGACUUAUUUGAGGUUUUCUUAAAGGAUGCAAUGAAAAUAUACGGACAGUUUUAAAAGCGAAACAAUGUUUGUGGUUUGAGAAAGCAAAAUGACUAUGAGGUGGCAAAAACAUUGUAAUUGUGUAUGAAUAAGUAGCAAAAAUAGAAGUGUGUUAUCUAGACAUGCAUAUUGUAUAAUAAUUAAUGUAUAAUUUGUGUAGGUUUACAAGUUAUAAAGUUUGAGUGCUAUAGCUGAGUGUAUGCAUGUUUAUGCGCUAGAUAUGAAUUAAUAUAUGCAUGCAUCAGUGGUGCAUCGUUUAUUUGUGUGCGUAUUAAAAAAUACAAUAACAGGUGCAUGAUGUAAUUUUUGUAUGGUAGUAUUUUGAAUUUUGAUAGUGUUUGGUUUGGGGGGAUUUCUGUGCAGGUUUAUUGAGAACGAGAAAUACAAUAUACUGAUGUCUGAUGAGUAAUAUUUUUUGCGGGGUUUAUUGAGAACGAAAAAUACAAUAUACUGUAUGAGUCGAGUAAUAUUAUUCAACUGAUAUAUCAGUAAUAUUUUGUGCGGGGCAGUUUAUUGAGAACGAGAAAUACAAUAUACUGAUGAGUAAUAUUUUGUGCGGGGUUUUAUUGAGAACGUGAGAAAUACAAUAUACGAGUAAUAUUUUGUGCGGGGUUUAUUAAGAACGAGAAAUACAAUAUAUGAGUAAUAUUUUGUGCGGGUUUAUUGAGAACGAGAAAUACAAUAUAUGAGUAAUAUUUUGUCCGGUGUUUAUUAAUAUAGAAUAUAGAGAAAUACAAUAUAUGAGUAAUAUUUUGUGCGGGGUUUAUUGAGAACGAGAAAUACAAUAUAUGAGUAAUAUUUUGUCCGGUGUUUAUUAAGUAUUUAAGAACGAGAAAUGUAAUAUAUUUAUAACCCCUUAUUAUUGAAAAUAGAAUAUAGAUUAAUUAUUUGAUUAACGAUUCCCCGUUUAUUUAAAUACCGAAACACUCGAAUAAUUACGUAAUUUCCUUCACUGCGUAUCACCGUAUCCCCGUAUCAUUGAAACUUAAUAUUUACCCAGUCCCUUUAUUUAAAAAACCCAAACACUCGAAUAAUUACGUCAUUUCAUGAUUCACUGCGUAUCACCGUAUCCCCCAAAAAUAAACAGUAUCAGAAGUGGACGGGUAUUCUAUAAUCUAGCCAAA